AUGUGGACGCUACUGCUCGUGCUGCUGCUGCUGGGCUUAGUGGCUAUGGCGGCCUUCGCGGCGUUCGGCGACGUGGUGUUGACGCUGCUACUGCGCCAGUUUGCAGCUUCGUCCGUUGGUGCCAAGUUCUCCAUUUCCUGGUCGCUGCGUGACGGAUCGCUGGAGCUAUGUGACCUGGUGGUGGGAAAGCACGUAAUGCCCGAGCUGGAGCCGCUGGCUGGACUUCCUUUUGGCCUGGAGCGCCUGGAGAUGAAGCGUCUACUACUGGUUGUGCCGCUCUGGGCACACCUCGUGCGAGUCGUAACCGGCCAACCCGUGGACCCGAAACACGGACGCAUGGAGUCGAAGCUGCUGGUUGGCGGUCUACGUGUUGGCCUAAGGCUCGACACUGCCGAGAAGUGGAUGUGGCACCGCCACCAGAACGCCGAGCGCUGCGUGGAAGCGGUAAAGCAAGCGGCCAAAGCCCGAUUGGCUCGCAUCAAUACGUGGACGGCCACAAUUGUGCAGAAGCUCAAGGAUCUCGCGACCCUGCGCAAGCGGAUCCGUGAAGCCGAGAAGCCCCAACGAAAGAAAACCACGGAGCAGGCACCGUCCAAACCUUCCUCCUGGCACUUGUGGGUGGACGAGAUCCUGGACUCGUUUGAGUUCAUGCUGCAAUCGUUCUCACUCUUGAUUCGUGAUGAAUACUCUGGUGCGACGGUGGGUAUUGCAAUGGAGGAGUUCGAGAUGGGCCGAAGCGGUUCGACCGACGACAACCGGCGGAAACGUGCGAUGCGACUAGUGGACUACGAAAUGUUCCUUAACUCGAAACCUGGAGGCAGCGCGAACGCCUGUCAUCUGAUUGCUCCUCUCACCAUGGAGAUCGGGGUGUUCAUGCCCUUCAUCUUCCAGUCGCUCAUCAUGGGACAGGGCACGGGUGAGCGCGCAUUUGAGCUCGAGGUUUCGUUCGCAAAGGGCCGAGAUUUUGAUAUUGAGUUGCGUCCUGCACAAGCUGGCAUGUUAUUGAAGCUGUUGCAACCGAUUAAUUAUUAUUAUGAUUGGCAAACGGCAGCGUCCAUCGCGGAUGAUCUCGCAUGCGUACAGCUCGGCCCAGCCGAGUCCGAAGAGUACAUGUCGCUAUUCAAUGAACAGUGGAAGCUCGACAAUGAGAAAAGCUUUCUGUUUCGGCUGUACGAGGGCUACAAGCUGAAGGAGGCCAUCGUCAAGCGCAAGGCUCGAUUAGAUGAACUGGAAGUCAAGGUGCUGGCUACGCAACUCCUCUACCUGCGUUCUCUCUCACUUGGCUGGGAAAUUCCGAAUGCAGGCGAGCCAUUGUCGUACGUUAGUGAAGAGGACUUGGAACGAGGAAACUUGCGCAACUUUGUGGAGAACCCUGCCGACCACUAUGUGGACAAGGACAAGAUACCGGAGACUCCGCCGAUGUUCCAUCUGUUCAGACUGUCAUUCAAGAUGAAGAGAAUGAACUUGGUCAUGAUCGAGGACAACGAGAAGAAGCUGAUGACAUUCUUUGUCCAGGAGGUGGAGUUCGAACUGCGCUACCGCAUGACAAAGAUCGCCAAAAACGACACAGCCGUCGAAAUUGCGUUGGAUGCUGUGCGUUUUGGUUUACUGGACAACCGUGACGCUCCAACUAAUGUGUUCCGUCAGAUUAUGGAUCGCAACCCUGAAGCUAAAGAUAUGAUGUCGAUCGCGAUCUCACAGCGUGGAGACGGCUAUAUGGACAUUGGCGUGACGUUUAAGCAUUUUUCGUUAUUGCUCGUGUUUGAUCCGCUGCUAGACAUCAUGCACAAGUUUCUGCCCGCGAUUAGCGAAGACGAGAAAGAGCAAAUGCGUUUCAUUGAUUGCGAGAUGGCAGAUGCCAUGGAUUCUCCAGAGCGGAGAGAUGCUGUGAAGCACCUUUAUUUGGAAGAUCUGCCGAAAGCAUAUUCACCCUUAUUGCUCGGUGGAAUGCAGCUUGGAUGUAGUGUUCUUUUGCAGGGAUGUGAGUUCUGCCUCAUUGGAGAUUCCAAAACUCUUAAGUCCCCCGUCUUGGCUUUCACUGCGGAUACCAAGGUUCGAGUCUUGAGUUCAGAGCGCUCAGAAGCUGUGGAGCUGGAACUGGUGGAUGUCGCUUUGACUCCAUGCACGAUCAUCCUUCGUGAUGAUGCAAUUGAGCUUGACAUUGGUGAUCUACGGACCAUUUUGGAACUCGAGGGCGAAGGCGUCGAUUUCUCAAUGGGCUACAGGCUUACUGUUGGCACUGGAAAGUCCGCGUCGAGUUUGUGGAACGUCGCUCGGAAAGCUGCUACGAAACCUCAAGUAAUUGAGGCUGAGCACCCAGACAUUGAGGAGGUCGAGGAGCGUUCAGUGACCCUUGAUCGCAGAGAUCGCGCCAAGGCCGAUGCACGCAGAAAGUUGAUGAUGCAAAUGUCUGACUUUGCGCUGAAUCUCUCUCCUACUGAUCUGGGCAUUCUUUUGAGCAUUUUGGCGUCGCUCAACGAAUCAAUGAAGGAGGAUAUUGAAGUCAUAAAAAAACGAGAGGAGGGCGAAGCUCGUAUGAUGAAAGCUAGGCGUAAAGUUGAAGAGAAGCGCUAUAUGGAACGACUGAAGGAGGAAUUCAAGCUGCGUGACACCGACGGUGGCGGGACGCUGGAUGUAUCGGAGAUUGGAGACCUUCUACGGAGUGCCACUGACUGCGACAAUUUAACCAAAACUGAGUUUGACGCUACAGUAGCAGACUUUGUCAGCAUUGUGGACAGUGACGGAAGCGGUGACAUUUCGCUUGAAGAAUUUGAAAACGCACUGAGCAGGAACAAAAUUCUGUACACGCGGCUACACCACAACGUGGUUUCUAUAACUGGUCAGGAAUACGUUCACCCCGACAUGCAGCGAAACAAAGUGCCAUAUCUUUCUGGUGAUAGCGCCAACACACUCGCCAACGCUGCAGCCCUUGCUUUUUUCUGGGAGCACUAUGAAGAGCAAAUCGGUGCGUCGAUGUCGUCACUCAAAGGCCAGCGACCUGUUAUUGUACAGAAGAAAAUGGUUCGUGCGUUCAAGAAUUAUGAUUAUGCUCAAGAGGCGUGGAAUCGAAUUGUGAAGCCGUCGCUGGUAAAACCGGGUGAGCAGAGUUCUUGGCUGCUGACUAAGGAGAUGGACAUGGGAGGCCGUGGAGACGUGAUCGAUCAGUUGUUGUCAAGUCUGAAGGACGAUGCGCAUGAUCAGGCUACUUUGAACCCGGAGUCUGUUGCCGAACAACAGAUUUUUGUACAGACUGUUGUUUCCACAUCGUUUGGCGGGUUCUACUUGCGUCUGAUUGAUGAAAUGCUGCCGAUGGGAACGCCGGCUAUCGAGAUGUCUUUGGAAGAACUGGGCAUUUAUGCCAAUUUCUCGGUGUGGGAGGGCGCUUCUUCUAAUCCCGCUACUGAUCUCCAAGCUCGAGAGCGAUCCGAAAACAGCUUCGGUGUCGCCAAAAUCAGUUUUGACGUGUACGGCAACUACUACAACACGAAAGCGCGGCAAAUUGAACCUUUCAUCGAGUUCUAUCAAGGAAUUUUGGAUAUUAGAAAAGAGCCUGCGUCUCCGUUGGAGGUGGUCUACUCGUCAGACCGUUAUUUCCAGUUGAACGUCACAUCCGCUUUCAUGGAAGCGGUGAACUCGAACGUAGCUACUUUCUCCAAGGCAGAACACCGUGCGGAAGCCGAGCGUCCGCAUGUUAAGGAAAUCGGUGCUAUCUUUUGGAUGCUAAAUGAAUGCGGCGUCAACGUUAAGUACUACAUGGUGGCGAAGAAGCGAGUAAAGGAGCGUGUGCAGGAAGAGAUUGUGACAGCCGUCACAGCUGUGCCCACUGGUGGGACGCACGCAUGUAAGCUGCUGGAUAACAGUGAAGCAGAGGAGUACGAGCAGCAAAGUUUGAAGGAAAAGCAACUACGCCAAGCUUAUAGGGAUGCUGACCAAGAUGGGAGUGGUGAACUCGACACAGAGGAAGUGCGCUCUGUGCUUCGAAGCGUGUAUGAGGAGGAAGACAAGCAGCGGAGAACGUCGGGGAAAUCGUCGUUGUACAAGCGCAGUAGCAGCAGUAUUUUGGACAAUGAAGCUGAGUUUGCGCAAGCUGUGGAAGACUUCAUCGCGCUGGCCGACACAGACAAGUCUGGACAAGUGUCGUGGGAAGAAUUUAAGAUAGCGAUUGCAAAGUCGCGUUCCAUGGUUGACCACUACAUCUCGGUUGAGAUCGAGGGCUACCGGACGAUCCAUGGCGUGCCGUUGAUGUCCAUAGGCCAAACUCAGGUCUUCGAGCUGACACCUUUUUUCGACGAUGUCGAGUCGGAGAAGUCGAUCGAAAUACUCUAUGACCGGGGUGUGGCUCUACUAACGAAGGUGGACGAGCCGACGCGAGAAGAGCUGCAGAUGGCGUACGCUUGCUUGCGUCGGGUGAAGGAUAUUGAUCCCAACUAUGAGUGGAUUGACUCUUAUUACGCGGAUUGCGUGCGGCAGUACUUACCUGUGCUAGCCGCUGUUCACAUUUCUGUUGAUGGUUUGUACGGUCUCCAAGUGAAGGUUUCUGGUGCGGAAUGUGUUCGCAAUGGAACGGCAAAGGACACAGAGCUGCAGAUGUACAACGAGCUAGGAGAAGCUGCGCCCUGUAAUCCGGAGCAAAAUAACGGGGAAGAACGAUUUUUUAUGCUCCCCGCUCUUGGUAUGAUCAACAUUCCCUUGGACUUGGUUGGUGCCGGGUCUUUCGCUAUUCGGCAGACUGGAGAAACGGAGUGGAGCAACAAAUUGGAGCUUUCUGUCUCAGAUCAACGAUUGUAUAAGAAGAUGACAAAGUUUGAGCAGAUCGAGGCCAAGAAAGCUCUGCGCGGAGAAAGCAAUGGCUCAGUUUCGUCUGCUAGGCGCGUGAAGGAAAAGCUGGGGACAAAUGCUGUACUCCCCGACCCGAGUGAGUGUGUGCCUGCUGGAAAAGAAGUUAUCUACCCAUCGUCCAGCAUCAUCGACAACCAGCCUACUGUUGUCAUCGAAAAGAUUUCUGCCAACAACUCUCUCUUAGGAACCUGGUCGCUGACGAUUCAGCCGCAGCUGGUGCUUCACAACGUUCUUCCUUGUGGUGUGGAGUAUGCUAUUGUCCAACCUGGUGAUUGCCCGGCAGACAAACUGACCAGUAAGGGGGAGUUCCGCGUUGUGGACAAUACUGGAAAAGACAAGAAGUCGCGAGCUGUGAAAACUCUGGGACAGAUCGACUACUUUGCCUAUGUGAAUGAAGUCAACAGCCGCAAAAUGUGGGUUGAAAGCGGCAAGACUAUUCAAGUAUUCGGUCUGGAUCUAAGUAAGCCCGCUUUGAUGAUGAUGCGCCUUUGUGCGAGUGAAUCAAUUCGAGCUGCAACCUGGAGUGCACCAUUCUUAGUGCAUCUUGAAGCGGAGCGCGAAUCGUUCAACGAAGACGCGUUUGAGCUGCUAUUUGACGAUGGUCCAAGUUUCGUUUUUCACCCGCAAUGGGAAGAAAAUUCUGCUCGCUCAGUCUUCUUUUACUCCCCUUUCUGGAUUCAAAACCGAAGUGGCUUGGACCUUCGCUUUAAGCUCUCUCGUGGUCGGGUGUGUACUGUUGAAGAGCACCGUGCAUACUUUCCCGAUGCCAAGGAAAUUCCUGUGAUGGCUACUGCUUCACCUGACAAGGCUCUGAUUGGUGUCCGUCCAUUCCAAGAAACACCGCCCGCGUACGAAGGUGAAUCAUUAGUGCCUGGAACGACGAAAAAAUAUCUACCAGACUUCGAAAAGUUGGGGUGGUCGGAGCCCGAAGAUAUGGCAACUGUAAGCAAGAAGGGAGAGCUGCGCCCGAGUGGAUCUGGGAACUAUUCUUUCGUACUUGCAUUUGAAAUUCGUGCUGCACCAGCGCAGUUUUUCCGGUCGAAAAUUUUCGUCAUCUCACCACGCUUUGUGCUUCUGAACCACGUGCCGCGGUCGCUGCAGAUGACCCCAAUCUUACUGGACAAAAAGGGGAAUCGCGGCAGAAGCCGUUCCGAUCAAGCUUACUGUACCUUAAGAGAAGGCGAGGCAGUCGUGGUUUAUCGUCUAAGAGGCCCUGAGAAGUAUGUAGCCGGUCUGCGCAUCCGUGAUGCGGCCAAUGAAACCCAAGAUGUUGGCGAGUGGAGUCCGACCAUGCCACUGUUCAAAUUAGCUUCUAAGAUGAGCGAUCCAAACGUCACCUACAAUAUGUCUGAGGACACUGUGUUCUGGACGCGUGGAAGCUUGGGCGAUGGCCCUGUUUGCAGUGUGAACGUGCACGAGGUGGCUGAGACAGUAUUUGCGACUGUGAGUGACAUCUCAACCAACCCAAAUUAUCGUAUUGAGAACCGUUCAACGCGUUGCUCAUUCCGAUACGUGCAGCACGGUGUGAAGACUGCGGAAGAGAUUGUUUUGGGUCCUAUGGAAAGCCAUUCGUUCGCUUGGGAAGAUCCAAAAGGCGACUUGGAACUGCGCGUUACUGCGACCCACUGGAAGGUGCCAACGCUUGUUGACUUUAUGCAGAUUGGGCAAGUGAAGAAUACACCGCAGGGUCUUUUUGGCGAGGUGUAUAUCGACGGCUCCACGCGAGUAUUUGCGAUGGGAGACACUAAGGUUUAUUCGGAUGUUCGACAGCGUGCAGUUGUUAGUGACUGGCUCAGCAACACGGUGAUUGAUGUUUCGGUGCAUGGAGUUGGAAUCACAUUGGUGGACGAGCAACCGCAGGAGAUUUUGAACAUCACCAUGGAAACCAUUCGGUUUGACUCGAAGGCAGAGUCUCGCCGUGUGACUUUAAUGGUUCAUCACGUUCAAUUCGAUGAUAUGACCCAGCACUCGGCGUACCCCGUCGUCUUCGCUCCCCUUGAUAGUGGUUUUAACAGCGACAAACGCGAAGGUUGGCUUCCCGGCGACGGUGAAAAACCAUUCUUCACUCUUAGCUGUGAAACGCUCCCACAAACUGGCAUUGUCAUUGUGAACGAUUUCGACUUGCAGCUCGGGUCGAUGGCAGUCAAGCUGAACCUUGAGUACUUAAUUGGUCUGAGUAAUCUGGUCUUCCAGUUUAUCCCGGGUAGUGAUGAGGCCACAAUCUUACAGCAAGGCUUGGAAGCAAAGAACUCGAUGCUUGUUCUGAAUAUCCCGUUCCCGGAUGGCUCUGUUUCGGCUGGCAUGCUGAUGUAUUUCAGACGCUGGCAUAUGAGUGGAUACGACUUCGACUUGGUGUUUGAUUCGCUACAAGAAGGCAAGGGUGAAGGCAUUACCGCAAUUUUGGGCAAUACCAUGGGAAGUAUUGUCGGUGGGAUUGCUCACGUGACGCCCGAGUUCCACUUUGGCGAGAUUCUCUACCACAACCGCUUCUUCAACGAAUACGACCUGAUCUAUGAUGUUGUGUUGAAGAUCGUUCACUCAGUCAUUGGGCAGUGGUACAAGAUUGUUGGCAGUGUGGAGAUGCUGGGUGAUCCGGUUGGUCUUGCCACGGAUAUUGUGGAUGGUUUCGCGCUUGCUGCGCGUCAAUUGAAGCGCGAUGUGAGGGGUAAGAGCCGCAGAAAGGGCGAGAGUGCUGUGACUGUCGUCCAAACUGUCUUCGGUGUACCUCUGCGAUCUAUCGGGAAGGUGUCGAACGGUCUGGGCGACGUGGUCAAGAAAGCGACGUAUUUUGAGAGCCAAGAGGACCAGAGCGAGCCCCGUCACAUUCCCGAAGGUUUUAUGCAGGGCGGCAAGGUGCUCGGAAAGAGUAUUGCGUAUGGUGUGACUGGCUUUGUCAAGGAACCUGUCCGUGGAGCCAAGAGUGGAGGUGUCAAGGGAUUCGCGAAGGGAAUUGGCCGCGGCACGUUGCAGCUCGUUGCGUCUCCUGUUGUAGGCACGCUGGGUGUGGUCGAAAAGCUGGCGCAGUCAGUGAGCAACACCACACACCUGAUGGACGAAAAGCAUUUUGAGGGAACUCGUCGACCUGCGCGAAAUCUGCAGACAGGAUCGCUGAAGCAGCUUUCAGACUCGAACGUGAUUACGGAAGUGGAGGUGCACUGCUUGUAUAUCGAUGGGCUGCCGGACAACGUGAACCCGAAGGUCGUGGUGCGCGUCUACUCGCAGACGGAUGGCUUCCCUGCGAAGGAGCUCGGUGAGUAUAAGUCGUCAACCGCAAGACACACUGGCACACCCAAGUAUGACCAGUCGUGGCUGGUUGGCGUGACGUCGCUGGACACGUUCAUCGAGGUGAAUGUCUACCACAAACGCAAGCCGCUUCCAAAGAAGCGCCUCGGUUUCGUCCGCUUUUCCAUGGAAGAAAUCUACCGCGACUUCGACUCGGUGCCUGCAAAGCUGUUGGCAGAUACGAAUGCCAAGAUGCAGCUCAAGCGCCGCAAGCGAGUGCGCGGAAGUAUCAUUAGUAAGCUAGCCUCGGCCAGCGAGCGCCCGAUGGAGAUUCGCGACGACUCGUGGCGGCAGCGACUCAAUCGCCCGCCGAAAUCGGGCAGCAGCAUUCUAUCGGAGGAUGAAGAUGAAGGAUUCGAGGAUUACGACCAAGAAGUGAGUGUGUUGAGUGGGCACUCGAUUUGCCUCGAUGGCACGUUCCCGCCCUCACCUGUGGGUAUCCCACUACGAGAGUGUGAAUCAGAAGCGAAGGUUUACCUCAGCAUCCGCUACGUGAAUGAUAUGCGGCGGUACGCGUAAGCUGUGCGAAGUGACAGUGCAGUGACAGAAGGAGGUUGACUCGAUG